CAGGGGUGGUCCACGCUGAUGACGUACAUCAGACGAGGGAUGAGAUAUUUAAGUAAGAAUAUCUGGUCUUUGAACUGAGAAAGAUCUAGACACACUCCUACUUGUUUUGUUCAAGCUUGUUCGCCUGUAAAUUAAAGCCUACUUUUGAACCUUGUCUUUAUCAUCGCCCCCUGAAACUUCAACUUUAACUUGUAGUCGAGAUCUCAAUAUGUCUGCAACAGCCGACCUCAAGAAGCAGAGCGCUGCGCUUCAAUUUGUUCAUACUGACAUUCACCCUCUAGCCAGCGUGGGAGCUAUAUCAAACAUCGCAACACAGCCCGCGAAGAAGACAGUCUCAACAGGCACCGCGAAGACCACACCAGCCACCGCCAAAGCUACACCGGUCAAGAAAACUGCAGCCCCAGUUGCCGAUGCAGCGAGCUCGACUACGGCGCCAGUAAAGAAAGUACCGAAGAAGCUCACACCGGUAGCACCGAAACCGGUAGGGACGGCUGUUGGUGCGAAGAAAGCGGUUCCCGUGGCCUCGGAGAGUAAGCCUGUAUCUUCUGCGACGCCCGUCAAGAAGACUCCCAUCAGCGAGGCCUCGAAAAGCACAGCGACCAAGAAGGCGACGCCAGCAGCAGUCAAGAAAGACGUCACCCCAGCCGCGAAACCUGCAGGCACUCUCCCGAAGACGACACCCGCGAAGAGCGCGGUAUCUCAAACGGCUUCUACUCCGGCAAAAGCCACCCCCGUCAAGAAAACACCGGCGAAGCUUGUCAACCCCGAUGGUACCUAUCCCACCCCUCCAGUGGUUAAAGCUCAUCCCGCUUCAGGUCAAGCGGCCAAGAAACAGCCCAACGUUAUCAACCGCGGCGUCAACGCGACUACAGGUGGAUUGAACAAGACCGUGGGCGUAACAACCGGCACUCUGAACACUGUCGCCGACUCGGCGACCACAGGCCUGACUUCCACCGUCAAUGGCGUAACGGGCGUGACUGGAGCCGGCCUCGACAAGCUACCACAGGGUGUUGGUAAGCCCGUAAAACAUGUGACGGACAAUGUGGGCAAGACGGUCACGGGCGCGACGGAUAACGCGUACUAUACUGCUGGAGCUGCGACGAAGGGCGUGCAAGGUACCAUCAGCAAAACAACAGGCGCUAUUGGCAAGGGUGAUAUCAAAGGCGCUGCGGCGGGAGCGAGCAGUGGUGUUGGAAACACAGUCACAGGAGUCGGGAAAGGCGCAGCAGCCACAGUCGGUGGUGUAGUAGGCGGCGUCAGUGACACAAUCGGCGGGCCAGUCGGCGGCGUCGUGGGCGGCGUCGGAAAAGGCGCAAGCAACGCAGUGACUGGAAUUACCGGUGGACUAGGCGAGGGAGUCGGGAAACUUGGAAAGGGCGACGUGAUUGGCGGUGUUGGAAGCACAUUGGGAGGUGUAAGCAAAGGCGUUGGUGGACUCCUGGGUGGGAUCGCGGGCUGGGGAGACGACGACGGGAAGAAAUGAAGGGAACUCAAGGUUUUGCGGUGGAUGCAAGACCUGGUUCUAUACACGGACGAAGACGAUGAGGUGUUGGGUUCAGAUGUAUGAAUAUAAAUGUCCUGGGGUCCUGAGAGGUGAGUUUGGGCCUUGGAUUUUGUCGGUAGCUAUAUCGUAUUAAGAGGUCCGCGUAGAACACAGUUGGCUCAAGUGCCUGCCUUGGUUUGAUUGCGAU